AAGCCUUUCUGUUGUGAUCUAUGUGGACACAAAUUUAGCCACAAAUCAGCUUUAAACAGACACAUAAUGAUCCACGCAGGACAAAAGCCUUUCUGUUGUGAUCUAUGUGGACACACAUUUAGCCACAAAUCAGCUUUAAACUCACACAUAACGAUCCACUCAGGACAAAAGCCUUUCUGUUGUGAUCUAUGUGGACAAAGAUUUAACAAAAAAUCCAAUUUAAAAACACACAUGAGAAUCCAUACAGGACUAAAGCCUUUCUGUUGUGAUCUAUGUGGUCAAAGAUUUAGCCAAAAAUCACAUUUAAACACACACAUGAGAAUCCAUACAGGACAAAAGCCUUUCUGUUGUGAUCUAUGUGGACACAAAUUUAGCGACAAAUCCUCUUUAAAAACACACAUGAGAAUCCACACAGGACAAAAGCCUUUCUGUUGUGAUCUAUGUGGACAAAGAUUUAACCAAAAUUCUAAUUUAAACGCACACAUGAUAAUCCAUACAGGACAAAAAACUUUCUGUUGUGAUCAAUGUGGACAAAGAUUUAGCCGAAAAUCAACUUUAAACACACACAUGAGAAUCCAUACAGAACAGAAG